GCAUGCUUUGUCGCUUUUUUAUCAAAUGGGCGACAACUCACCUUCUGGAAAGAAUAAGACCUCAGUCAAAUUCCCGUCUCUGGCGGAUAAAGAAGAACGCCUUCGUCUCCUCCGUUUGCUUGUUCACUACGAAAAUGACCCUGACAUGAUGAAGCUGGAAGCGUUAACUCAAAAGUGGAAUCGCGCAGCUCGAAAGGCGAUUACCGAGUUACAACAGAUAGCCGGGACCAAAGGUCUAGAUCAAUUUAGAUCGAUCAGCCGGUUUAGCGCCGAUCCCGAACUGCUGAAUGAUGCCGGUUCAGACAGUGAUGUUUAAGAUUGCAUUUGUCCGUGUCAAGUUUUCAUCUUUCUCUUUGCGUUACAAAUAAACGUUCUUGGAGCCGUUGUUUCUCUAGCAACGAUAAUUAUCUACUGGA